AUGAUCCACGUUAAACUCGGACUAUAUAUAUUGACCACUAAUAUUAUCUAUCUAUCUAUCUAUCUAUCUAUCUAUCUAUCUAUCUAUCCACAACACAUGAAAAUAUGGCACGCUGUUUAUGCUUACUCGCCAUUUUCUUUAACGUUUUGUUUGUUUCUUUCUUUCCAUUCCUCUUUCUUUCUUUCUUUCUUUCUUUCUUUCUUUCUUUCAAUUUCUAUCCCUAUUUCUUUAAUUCUUUUUUCUAUUUCUAUUCCUUUUUCGUUCUAUUUCUAUCCCUCUUCCUUUCUUUCUUUCUUUCUUUCUUUCUUUCUUUCUUUCUUUCUUAAUUUUCCAACUCCCUUUUGGCUCUUCCGAUCUUUCUUUCUUUCUUUCUUUCUUUCUUUCUUUCUUUCUUUCUUUCUUUCUUUCUAUCCCUCUUUCUUUCUUCUAUUUCUAUUCCUUUUUCGUUCUAUUUCUAUCCUUUUUUCUUUCUUUUUUCUUUCUUUCUUUCUUUCUUUCUUUUCUAAUUUUCCAACUCCUUUUGGCUCUUCCGAUCUUUUUUUCUUUCUUUUUUCUAUUUCUAUUCCUUUUUCGUUCUAUUUCUGCCCUUCUUUCUUUCUUUCUUUCUUUCUUUCUUUCUUUCUAUUUCUUUUUCUUUCUUUCUUUCUUUCUUUCUUUCUUUCUUUCUUUCUUUCUUUCUUUCUUUCUUUCUAUUCUUCUUUCUUUCUUUUCUAA